AUGUCACAAUUUUCUGGGUUUGGUGUGAAAGUAGAAUUACAAGACGGUAAGAUAAUAACUGGUAAAAUUAACAAAUGUACGAGUAAAUCUUUAAUAUUGAAUGAUGUUAAAUUCAGUGACGGUGGAACUAGUGCUAUUUUUAAAGUCAAGUCAUCUAGAUUGAAGGAUUUAAGCGUCAUAAGUGUUCCACCAAAGAAAAAAUACAAUAACAAUACUAAUAAUAUAAACAUUGACGAUAAUACUGGUAGUACGAACCUUAAUGGUAACCAAAGAGUUUACUUUAAUACGCUUGAGAAUUCUUCUCAAAAUAAUAGGGAGUUAUGGGGUGAUGACGAUGUUCAGAAAAUUAAAGAAUCCUCUGACUUUGAUUUUGCUAGUAAUUUAGCCAUGUUUAAUAAAAAAAGUGUUUUUGAACAAUUGAAACAAAAGGAUCAGAUAGAUCCGUCGAAAAGGUUAGUCAGCUUUAAUAAAAAGGGAAUCGAUGAUAUAAAUGGAAAUGGUAUGAAAGCUACUAAUGUCAACAAUAAUAAAAUUAAUUAUGAAAAUCAUGAAAUGGUUUUAGCUGACACUAAAAAUGAUUAUUGGGAUAGUAUAGAUUCAAUGAAAAAUCAUGAAAAUGGAGAUAUUUCUGGUAAAACAAAUAGCGAUCCUCGUGAUAAUACCACAGGUGUUACUGCGACUCAUGAUAGCAGCGUUAACGAUAAAAAUUAUGAUAGUACUAAUAGUACUGCCACUACUAAUAGUAAUAAUGUUGAUUAUACUGGUAAUUUUUCACCAAUUACCAAAUCUAUUAAUAUUACUCAUUUAUUAAAAAGAGGCAAUACGGCUACUACUACUAUUACUACUCAUGAAAAUCACAAUGAUAGUAGUAAUGAAAAUGAUGUUAAUGCUACUACUACUACUACCACCACUGCCAUCACCAAUACUAACAAUGAUAAUAAUAAUAAUAAUAAUAAUAAUAACAAUGACGAUAUUGGUACUGGUACUGGUAAGAAUGAUGCCAGUAAUUAUAAUAAAACCACCAGUGCUACUACACAGGACGUUUUAGAGCAAAUUCAAAAGGUUUUGAGUAAUGUACCACCCAGUGACAUCAAUAGUAUUAGCACUAAAAGCAGAAGGGGUUCUAGUUAUAAUAGCAACACCAUAAACUGUACAUCUCCUCUUUUAUCAAUAUCUAAAUGUUUCCAAGAAACAAGGAGUAAAGAGUAUAUCCCAACCUCGACACCUUUGCAAUUAUUAGAAAUAGACAGAUUAGCUAGUGAUGAAUACAACUUUUCGUAUAGUCUACAAGUGGAACACGUUGCCAUUCAUUUAUCAACUUUUAUCAAAAAAAGAAAGUUGGGUGGAAAUGUUAGAUUAAAUAAAAAAAAUAACAAUGCCCCGCCAUUAGUAGUUAUUCUGUGCAGCAUGGAUUCCAAGUGUAGUAUCCAAGCCAUUGCUAUAGGUAGAACAUUGUGCCAAACAAAACAUGUAAGGGUGUUGACAUGUAUGUAUAGUGGUACUAACAGUGAUGUUACAACAAAUGGUGGUAGCAGAAACUCGAAUGGCAGUAACUUGUAUGAAUUAGAAAUGAACAAGCAGUUGGAACUAUACAAAAAAUGUGGGGGUAAAAUUGUUGGAAACACGACUACCCUAGAAAAUGUAUUAUCUAAGUUGAAUUCCCCUGUAGAAUUAAUUAUUGACGGUAUCCAAGGUUAUGAUUGCAAUUUAGAGGAUUUGGUACAAGGUACUGAUUAUAACGAUCUAAUAGAAAUGAUUGAUUGGUGUAAUAGUAAGACUGCUGCAAGUACGGUUAACCAUGAACACCAAUGUGAAUGUUGGUCUUUGGAAUUGCCUAGCGGUGUUGAUCCCAACACUGGUGAUUGUAAUUUUAUUACGACUGUUAUUCCAAAUACGGUAGUAUCUUUAGGAUUACCAUUAUCUGUAUUAUUAAAUGAUAAUUUAAGUGACAAAGACAACAAUAGUAGCAACAAGACUUAUUAUUUGGUUGAUAUGGGCAUACCUUCUGGUGUUUUCAACCUAAAGAACACAUUACGUAAAUUUGUUGUUAUGGAAGAAGUGUUUGCGGUAGACGGUGUUGUACAAAUAAUGGUACCACCUGCUUUGUAUUCUUCUUUUGGUUAA